CUCCUGUUCUCUCCUCGUUUGCUCGAGUCUUACGCUUGCUUCGUUGCACAUCCUACUACACGACUGAAAGAAAAAAAUGUCUGAGGCUGGGUUUUUGUCUGCUGCUCGUUACGGAAAGGAUAAGGUGCGCGUGCUCAGGGUGGUCAGAGAACCAGAGUCCAAGGUGCACCAUAUCGUCGAGUACAAUGUCACCGUUCUCCUCGAGGGUGAUAUCGAGACUAGCUACACCCAAGCGGACAACAAGGUUGUCGUCGCCACAGACUCUAUGAAGAAUAUUACAUACUACCUCGCGAAGAUCUCCCCUCACAUUCUCUCUCCUACCCGAUUCGCCCUCCACCUGGCCACUCACCUCGUCUCCAAAUAUCCCCACAUCCACAAAUCUUUCGUCACCGUCGACCAACUCCGCUGGACCCGGAUCGUCACCUCAUCCAAAGAGGGCGUCGCUGACCUCGAGGGUGGACACACGCAUGCGUUCUGGAGGGAUGGGGACGAGAAGAAGUUUGCGAAGGUUGAGGUGGCGGAGAAGGAGGGGAAGGCGAAGUUGAGUGCGAAGGUUGAGGGUGGGUUGAGGGACUUGCUGGUCCUUAAAUCCACCGGCUCUGCUUUCGAAGACUUCGUCCGUGACGAAUACACGACUCUCGUCGAAGUCAAAGACCGUAUUCUCAGCACGUCCAUUGAUCUCACCUACGCAUUCGUGCCGUUCACGAUCACGGCGCCGACCGAUGAGAAGAAGUUGGAGUUUGGCGAGGCAAACUGUUGUGUGGCUUCCAAGGAGGGUGGUGCGUGGGAUGCGGACAAGGUCGCGAAGAUAAGCAGGGAUAUUACUCUCGAUGUGUUCGCUCAUGAUGAGAGCGCUUCCGUUCAGGCCACCCUCUACAAAAUCGCUCAAACCAUCCUCGCGCCCGCCUCUGAUCCGUCAAAGCGCGUCAGCGACGUCCGCAUCGCGCUGCCCAAUAAGCACUACAUCCCUGUGAACAUGUCGUAUAUCGGAGUGGACAACAUGACGCCAAAUGUCGCCGAAGUGUUCCAGCCCGUCGAUGCUCCUAGCGGCCUCAUCACUGCCACCAUCUCCCGGACAUAAUCUGGUCUUGGCCCCCAAGUUAGUUCGUGCUCAGGUAGGUCAGAAAUGCAGUUCGAUAUCGCGGGAACGAAGGUGUGGUUUGUGAGGUCUGCGGCAUGGUCGAGGCAGAGAUGACACGGAAAGAGCAAAAGAAAAUGGAAUCGUCGUCUGUAUGUAAAUCUUUCAAUGUUCAAUAUACAAUCUAUCAGGAGCCUCGUUCAAA